GCCAACCCGGAACCUAGACGCCUCAUCUCCACAAUGAUUUUUUGAGUUACAGUUUAUAACUUAUUAGAGUUUGCAUUUCGAGGUCAACAUUGCAUCGCGAGUGACGGUCCCCCCUCAUUGGUGGCUAUGGGGAACCUAAUCAAGGUCCUGACGCGGGACAUAGACAACAACACUGGCAACUUCUUCUUGGACUUUGAAAAUGCCCAGCCUACAGGGCCGGAGAGGAAGGUGUGGGACCAGGUGAACGAGGUGCUGGUGGAGGCCAUGCAGGUCCUGGAGGAUCUGCAGUCCUAUAGUGGUGCAGGAGAGGCCAUCAGACAGGCCAUCCAGAACCCGAAUGAGGAGGGAGUGCAGGAGAAAACCUGGGCAGCCGUGGUUCCAUUGGUGUGCAAGCUGAAGAAGUUCUACGAGUUCUCCCUUAAGCUGGAGGGUGCACUGCACGGCCUGCUGAGCUCCCUGACGAGCACGCGCUGCAGUCCCACGCAGCACCUGGAGCAGGAGCAGGCGUUGGCGCGGCAGUUUGCCGAGAUCCUGCACUUCACGCUGCGCUUCGAUGAGCUCAAGAUGACCAACCCGGCCAUCCAGAAUGACUUCAGCUACUACCGGAGGACCCUGAGCCGCAUGAGGAUCAACAACGUGUCCGCAGAGGAGAAAAAUGAAGUCAACAAUGAGCUGGCCAAUCGCAUGUCUCUCUUCUAUGCCAAUGCCACCCCUAUGCUGAAAACAUUAACCGACGCCACAACAAAGUUUGUAUCAGAGAAUACAGAUUUACCGCUGGAAAACACCACAGACUGCCUCAGCACGAUGGCCUGUGUGUGCAAAGUGAUGCUGGAAACACCGGAGUACCGUACCCGCUUCGCCAGUGAGGACACAGUGCUGUUCUGUCUGCGCGUGAUGGUGGGAGUCAUUAUACUGUAUGACUUUGUCCACCCUGCCGGGGCCUUCGUCAAGUCCUCCAAAAUAGAUAUGAAAGGAUGCAUCAAAGUCCUGAAAGAUCAGCCACCCAAUAGUGUGGAUGGUCUCCUAAAUGCUCUCAGGUACACAACAAAACAUUUGAGUGAUGAAACUACUUCCAAACAAAUUAAAAACAUGCUGCAAUAAUGAACUGAGUCAUCUCUGAAGAGCAGUCCUGGAAUGAGCCUGACGAGAGCUGACCCUGGAGCAGAAACCCAAUGGGAUCUUUCGACCCAGACAGGGGUGUCUGGUGCGAGUUGGGGAAAGAAAUGGACGUGUACAGUCUUCCCAUUCUAUUCCUUGUAUUUUAGCUAAGACUAUUUACAUUCCACUGUGCCUUUAGACCCAACCAAGUGCAUGUUAUUAAACUGGUCUUCUCUUUUCAUUUGAUGACAAAAUUCGCCUGCCCAAAUAUUGAUGUAAAAGAUUUGUAGCUGCACCAGCUGUGAGAUAUUUUGCGCUUAGGAAAAGCCAUGAAGAUAUGGCAGCUAUCUGUUCCAACUGUAUACGUUUUGUAUAAAAUUCUACGCUGUUUUUGACUGUAUACAAUUAUGGUAUACAGCAGGGUACACAGUAAUAAAUUGUUUGAUUUUUUAGUGUGUGUCUUUAUCCACAAAUCAUGAUAGUCUUGUCAAACUGUUGUUCUGUAACUUUGUGUGGUUAUCAGCUUUGAGGUGGAUGUUGAAUUUCAUGAGCCCAGUAUUCAGUAUCCCUGUGUUUCUUGAUUUUUUUCUGAGAAUAUUUUUGUACAUGGUAAAAAAUUGAAGAGCAAAUAAAAAAGAAACUCUUCAA